AUGUCUUCCCUACCGGCUCCCUCCACGGCCGCAAACCCGUUACCAACUGUGCCUGAGACUCCGGCCCAACUUACUCCCGCCGAGCCUGAUAGAGCUGGAAAUGUUGCUCCAACCUCGUCAUCCGCUCCUCGAGCUUCUCUGGAUGCCCCGGUCACCGAGGUCCCACUGGAAGGCGCACCUCGAUCCUCUAAGAAGGAUAAACAGGAGAAGCGCAAAAAGAGCUCAAAGGAGGGCCGCGCUUCGGACAAGGAUUCGAGCUCCCAUAAGGGUUCUGCCUCGAAAUCCUCAGCCUCUCAGGCCACCACCACCAAGGCCUUAAAGUCUCCAGACCCGGCCAAGGCCCAGGCCACCGUGCCACUGGCGCCUUCGGCUUCAAAGAGGUCCCGUGCGAGGUCCCCGGACGGAGGACACUCGGCCGCCAAGCGCCACCGUUCUGAAAAACGGGAUACAGACGGGUCCAGACAUAAGGAGACUCCCCGAGAGCCAUCGGAUGCCGAUCGGAGGCCUUCAGAUCCUCGCUCCGCGGCUAGAGCCUCCCAGACAGCCGAGGCCGUCGACACUCAUCCCGGGCGCCAAAACACUCCUCCAUCUGGAUCUCGGCCCCUCUCGACGUUCCGUCAUGCUCCGGAGGACAUUAUUGUAGACCUUUCUGAGCCGGCGUCACCUGCCAGCCCGAGAGAGGACAGGCGAUCCCCCACCCCGAUGCCCGAGUCGAUGGUCCACCGGGCCUUAGUACACCGUGCCGCUUCGCCAUCUCCUCCGCGCCCCUCCGAGGUCGACUAUUUCUACGAUGAGGUGACGGACACCUACUACAUGGCUGUUCCUCGCGACUCCAUCAAGUCCCACUCCAGGCCACCUGCUGAGAGACCUAGACCACGUGCAUCCUCUAGGCCAUCCCGCGCGCCUAGCCGCGUUUCGGUAGCCACUGAUCUGGAGGUCGUUGAUCUGGAGUCAAGACAGGAGACAUCCUCUCAGGCUCACUACCGCCCUGCAGACGACUCGGAUGCCUCUUCUGAAGACAACUAUCGGCCUUCCAAUCAGGAGUUCGCCCAACCGGGUGCAGUGUCCCCCUCGGACGACGUACGCACAUUUGCCGAACAUGUGAUCAAGAUGGGCAACGCUCUCGAUAUCCAGUUCGCCCAGACAGAAGACGAGGCCUCUGAUCCCAUUGAGAGGAGGAUUCAUGGCAAGCUCCCCACUCCACCUGCCAUCCCUCUGCUCCCUUCAUUGGAGAAGCUAGCCAGACGCUCAUGGGCAGCCCCAGCAUCGACAGCUGCUAGUAACAGGAAGAUUGAAUCCCUGUACAGAGUGGCUCCGCGCCCAACAUGGCUACUUGAACAUCCGCGCCAGAACUCGGCCAUCGUGGAGGGCUCCCAGCGCGCCUCCACUCCUAAAGCUUCCUUGAUGCCGUCGGACAGAGAGGCUAAGAAAAUCGACGCCCUCGCAAAAAAGGCCUACUUCUCUUCGGCCCUGGGGAUGAGAGUAGCCAAUUACAACGCAUGUAUGGGCGCAUACAUACAAUGGCUCAUGGAGAAGAUCUCCCCUCUCAUUCCUGACCUUCCCGACGACUCCCAAGGCAUCCUCUCAGAGGUCCGAGACGAGGCUCAUUCAAUUGGCAGCUGGAUCAUCACAUCGGCAAGACAUUCCACUGACUGUGCCGCGAAAUCCAUGUCAGCAGCCAUCGCCUUGCGGAGACAUGCAUGGUUGAGGUCCUCCGACCUAAACCAAAAUGCUCGCUCCACAAUCGAGGACAUGUCCUUCGAUGAAGAUGGCCUCUUCCACCGCGAAACGGACGAGAAGUUGAACUUCAAGUAUAGGAUGAGGACUGCGGCCAAGAAACACGGGCCUGUGGUUUGCGACGAUCGACCUAAAGGACGCCUACUUCCACGUCAGCAUCCGCGAGAGCCACCGCAGGUUCUUGGCCUUUGCCGUCGGGACCAACGCCUACAAGUACAACGUCCUUCCCUUCGGGCUGUCCACAGCCCCUCGAGUUUUCACCAAGUGCAUGGCACCUGUAGUAUCCCAUCUACAUCGCCGGGGCAUCAGAGUCUUCCCGUACCUGGACGACUGGUUGCUGGUGGCGCCAUCGGACCAAGAGCUCAGCCGUCACAUUGCCGAAACCUUAGAGCUCCUGCAAAGUCUGGGACUGGUCGUGAACCUCGAGAAGUCUCAACUACUGCCCUCCAGAAUCAUAAGGUUCGUCGGCUCGACCCUCGAUUCAAACACUUGUGUCGCAUCCUUGCCCUCCGACCGUUUUCUAACUCUCACCCGAGCCAUCGGAAGAUGUGUCGGCCGAAGAAGAAUAGUUGCCAGGGACGUCCAGGUAGCCCUAGGACAUAUGGCGUCAACCACAUUCGUAACACCGUGGGCAAGACUCCGGUCCCGACCUCUCCAGUCCUGGUUUCUUUCUGUCUUCGACCCAGAGACGGACCACCCGUCACGUCACCUCACGAUCCCGAGACCAGUCGCUCGCUCCCUCCGCUGGUGGCUCGACUCCCGGAACGUUUGCGCCGGCAUGCCUUUUUCUCAACCCCAGCCCGAGGUUGUGCUGACCACCGACGCAUCAGAGGACGGAUGGGGAGCCCACACCACGGACUUGUGGGCCAAGGGACAGUGGUCCCAGGACGAAAAGAGGCUUCACAUCAAUGCCCUGGAGCUACUGGCGGUACAGAAGGCUCUAAGGGUCUUCGAAUCCUCUCUAUCCGACAAGGUGGUUCAGCUCAGGACAGACAACACCACCGUCAUGUAUUACCUGAACAAACAGGGAGGAACCAGAUCUCGUACACUACUCAACAUCACACUCGAGGUCUGGGAUUGGUGCAUAGACCGGAACAUCCUACUCCAAGCAGUGCACCUGCCGGGUGUCCAGAACGACCUGGCGGACCUUCUCAGCAGGUCUCCGUCCCAAUGCCACGAGUGGAGACUCCACCCCGAUACGGUGCUCGACCUCUUCAGUCGGUGGGGAACCCCACAAAUAGACUUGUUCGCGACUGUCCACAACACCCAUUGUCCCCAGUUCUGCUCCCGAACGCCGAACGAACAAUCCCUCGGGGACGCGUUCGGGUUCCUCUGGUCGGGGGUUAUGCUGUACGCGUUUCCCCCCUUUCCACUGAUCACCAGGACAGUCUCCAAAAUGACAUCGGAUGCCUCGGAUGCCAUCCUGAUCACUCCGUGGUGGCCGGGACAGCCUUGGUUCCCCUGUCUCCUCCACCUAUCCCAGACCAACUUCCUCCGGAUCGAACACAGACCGGAUCUCCUCACGGUUCAAGAGGGUCGGGUUCGACACCCGGACAUCGACACCCUGCCCCUGGUAGCGUGGAGGAUCCAUCCCUAGCACGGCUACCGUCUCCCGUGCGCAGAGUCAUUCUCGCCGCCCACAAGCCAGCUACUCAAAAGUCCUAUGCUUCGAAAUGGAACAGGUUCACCAGGUUCCUAGCAAGCAGGCAACUGUCUCCAACUCAAGUCACGACACCGGUGGUCCUGGACUUUUUGAUGUCUUUGAUUGACUCAGGCCUUUCUCUCACCUCCGUCAAGUGUUACUUGUCGGCCAUUUGUUCUUCCUUUCAGUUUAAUGGCAAGCCUUCCUUUUUCAAGGACCCCUUGGUUGUUUCUAUGUUUCACAUGUGCCAAGACAUUGUCCUCCCGACGCUGGCCCCGAACCCAACCACCGAUGCCGAGCGAGCUCUGCACACCUUGGACGUUCGUAGGGCCCUGGCUUUCUACCUCGACAGGACUAGAGACUCUAGCCGCUCCGAAAGACUGUUCCAGUGCUAUUCGGAGUCCAAAAAAAGGACUGCCUGUGUCGGCUCAGAGACUCUCCAACACCAGGGAGGCCAGGUGCCCACCUCCAAAGGGGUGCUGGUCCUGCUGCGCUGCCCCACACGCCACCCGCCAAAUGUCAUCCCUAUGGGCAUAAGGUACAAGGACGUGGUGAUGAGGGUGAUGUGCUCCAAUUCCUCCUUCAUGAAUCCUGCUUUGUCCCUUUUGCUCAUCAUUGCUAAAUGUCCUGUAACAAAUGCUUUGCACUUGGAGGCUUGA